CCCCCUACUUGCGCACAUCGUGCACCACGCCAGCCCGUGCAUUGCACGACUACAUCCACACCGGCGAUGUCAGCGGCACUACAUACCACACCGUGGCCACCCCACCCGGACGCUGUAUACAGACCAUUGCCCCCGGGUACGGCGGGGAUGAGCAGGUCAGAUCCCGGGCAGACGAGCACAGCUGGAUAUUCUCCUUCUAUAUACCCGCCUACGUCGACACCGGCGAUGUCAGCGGCACUACAUACUACACCGUGGCCACACCACCUGGACGCCGUUUAUAGACCAUUGCCCCCGGGUGCGGCGGGGAUGAGCAGGUCAGAUCCCGGCCAGACGAGCUCAGCUGGAUAUUCUCCUUCUCCAUUCACGACGUUAUCGCAGUUGGGGCUGACCUCACCGGGCCAUGUUGAUCGAUGGUGGGCGCGAGACUGUCAUGAUCUGAGCAGAUUUCCGUUGUACUAUCCAUACCCCCUUCCACCACCUAUGCCAGUCAUUCCUGAUAGUGAGACUCAGGAUGACAGAUUCCCGCUGUCACAGCGGGGGGGGAUGCCUAUGCCGGCUAUGCGGUCGGGACAGCUGUCGUCACCGGCUGGGGGCCAGGGCCCGGCACCUGGGGAGAGCCAGAUGCAUGUUUAUGGACAGAGCCAGUUGCCGCUUCCUGGGGAGAGUCAGGACCCAGAUGUGGGGGAGAGCCAGCUGCCCCACGAGGGGGAUGAUGUGAUGUUGGGGCUUGAUCAGUUAGCACAUGAUGUCCCCCAGGAUAUGCCUUCGGAUGACGAUCAUGAUGAUGAGCAUCACCCAGAAGAUCAGGCAGGCGAGGAGCAUGCUGGUGACCCAGCGACCGAGCACAUAGCGUUCGACCAUAUUCGGCUGAUGGGGUAUAACCCAGACGGGAGCAUAUAUUUUGAGGUGAUUAAGGACCCUGAGAGAAAUUGGGUGCUCCCGAGGGGUAAGAAAGUUGUGUUGCAGUACAAUGCUGCAACACAACCAGUGGGACGAGCAUGCAAUCGUUAUAGACGGGCUGCGGGCAAGCUGUUACGGAGCGGGUCCCAUAUUCACUUGCGGGACAAAUGGGGAAAGGUAGAUAAACAGGUUAAGCAGGCUAUGUGGGAUGCCAUAAUGCAAGAAUUUUAUGUACCCGUAUCCGUCGACCAGCGCCUGGCACAGAAUGAAUUCUGGGGUGAUAUGGGCCGUAAGCACCGUUCGUGGAAGUCGAAGUUGAGGACCCAGCUAAAUAUUCGAGACGGUGACACGCCAUUGACAGUACGUGCGAGAAUGCCAGAGACGUUUUUUGAUAAGUAUGACCAAACGGAUGUGGAGGACGUACUGCACGAGUGGUGCACAAAAGUAAAUGUGGAGAGGUCUGAACGAAUGAAGCGGCUGCGGGAGCAGCAAGACAUCCCCCAUAGUCUGGGGUCCAAAAGUUAUGCCAGAUUUAAUCACGAUGAGGCAUCUAUAUCUGGCACGCCCCCCACUCGCGCCGAGUCGUUUGUGAAGACGCACACAAGGAAAGACGGCACUUUCCUGAACGAGCGGACACGGGACCUAUGCGAGCGGAUGACACAGAGUUUGUCCACUGAUCCUGCUGCCUCGGACCCCGUCUCAUCAGAUACGGUGCGUUGGGCACCUGGCGACGCGUACGAGCAAGCGGUUGGGCGACCCGAGUAUGCGGGUAGGGUUCGGCAGGUUGGGCCGAACGUUACUCCUGUUCGCGGGACUUGUUUCUCGUAUAGGGGUCGCACACGGGGGGGACCGGCCGAGGGCACUUCUCAGGAUUGGGCUGCUCACAAAAUUGCGGAGUUGGAGGGCAUAGUGCGGGCCGAGAGAGAGCGGGCUGACAGCAUGGAGCAGCGCAUACGACAGAUUGAUGAUAUGGAGCAGCGCAUGCGACAUUUUGAGGCCUUCAUGUCCUCUACAGGAUUAUCGUUCGUAUGCCCUGGUGCUCAGCAGUCUUCACCUGCACACGUCGGUAGUACGUCAUCUGUUAGUAGUGCGCCUGCAGGUAAUGCGACAACGGUUGGUCCGUUGUCGCCUUCUGGACAAUUGCUGACCCAACAAUCCCCUCUCGGGACUCCUUCGCCCGUUACACCAUCUCUUGCGGGACAAUCGACAGUUGGCGAGCUCACGCCCGGGACUGCACCUCGUGAUCCGCAGAGACGUCCUCCAGAUUUGUAGAUAUUUUGUGUAUUUUUUUU